GAUCACAAAGGACAUAUUCAAUCAAGAGCGGCAAUAUCUAUCUAAUCAACGAUCGUUGGCGUUAAUCAGUGGGCCGGUGACCGCGGCCCGAGCCACACGCGCGCCCGCGCACUCGCCCGAAGCGAUAUAAAUACGAUACAGCGCUGCGCUAUGGACAAAUUUCAAGUCUUGGACUUCACUUCGCUGAGCGAGACCGUACAACAGUUACUUCGAGAAGCAGUCGUAGCAAGACAACGAGCAUACUGCCCUUACUCAAACUUCGCAGUAGGCGCUGCCAUACUGACGGAAGAGGACUCCAAAACUUACUCGGGAUGUAACAUCGAAAGUUCAACCUUAGCUCCUACGAUAUGUGCUGAACGCUGCGCAGUGCCCAAAGCGGUGUCAGAAGGAUACCUCAAGUUCAAGAUGGUGGCGGUCAUCGCUCAUCAAACGAACUUCACCGCGCCUUGUGGGGUGUGCAGACAAACCCUCAACGAAUUCCGGGGAUCGAAUGGGGAUAUCGACAUUUACUUAGGGAAGCCCACAUUGGAUAAAGUGUUAUGCACGAAGCUGUCGCAACUACUGCCUCUCUCGUAUGUUAGCUUCAAAGAAGACAGCAUCAAUGUGUAGUUGUGGUCGUGACUCUAGUGCUAAUGGACAAGCUUAAAAGUGAAAUGUGAUUUUAUAAUUCUAAUAAAGGCCGUUAAACGCUAUUAUUUAAAUAUACAUAAUGAUAAGGCAGACAGAGCAGGAGCAUAACGAAAACUUCAUGACUCUCCAAACAAAUUAAGUUUCUCAAACGCGAUUUCUAUAAUGCCCAUAAUGUGCCUAUUAACUAUGUAUUUUACGCAAGGGUAUACUGUAAAAUUAAAACAUUUUAAGUAAG